CUACUUUGCAACCUCACGCACUUAGAAAUUCAUUCUCGAAUGUCAUAAAGUUUGAAACUUUGAAGCAGGUAUAGAGAGGCAUAUAUAAGCUUAAGCCCUGCUCGAUCACAGGCAACAGACACAACCAAAUGCCAGAUUCAUCAAUAUGGCAGCAAAAACCUCCAUUGCUAGAACCAUAACUAAGCUUUAUUGUAGUGGGUCCCCUUCUUCUUUCGCCAAACAUUUGGUCCCACUACAACCACCGUCACUCUCAUUAUCUCCUUCCUUCUUCAGCUCCUCACCUGCUGUUUCCUCAGUACCCGAGUCUCAAUCAACGCUCUCUUCCCAAUCUCCAGAGAGGGAAAGGUCGAGAUGGUCCAAAUGGCUGCUGUUUCUUCCUGGAGCUGUCUCUUUUGGCCUUGGCACUUGGCAGAUCUUCAGAAGGCAAGAGAAGAUAAAAAUGUUAGAUUACAGACAGAAGAGGUUGGAAAUGGAACCUGUAAACUUCAACAAUGUCUCACUGUCAAGUGAAGAAUUGGAUCAUUUGGAGUUUAGGAGGGUGAUAUGCAAAGGAUAUUUUGAUAAGGAAAGGUCAAUCUAUGUGGGCCCUCGUUCAAGAAGCAUUUCCGGAGUCACUGAAAAUGGCUACUAUGUCAUCACACCUCUUGUGCCAGUCUCUGACAAACCUGAGCGUGUGCAGCCACCAAUUUUAGUCAACAGAGGAUGGGUACCCCGAAGUUGGAAAGAAAAGUCUUCAGAUGUUUAUGAAGAUGGUGAACAACCUUCUAAUGUAGCACCCUCCUCUGUUCAAGAGAAUGAAAGAAGGUCUUGGUGGAGGUUCUGGACGAAGAAGUCUAAAGUCGUUGAGGAUCAGCAGACCCCUGCUUUUGCUCCUGUUGAAAUUGUUGGAGUAGUUCGAGGGAGUGAGAAGCCUAGCAUAUUUGUUCCACCAAAUGAUCCAAAAUCCUCCCAGUGGUUCUAUGUUGAUGUUCCUGCAAUUGCUCGUACUUGUGGCCUCCCUGAGGAUACUGUUUACAUUGAAGACAUAAAUGAAAAUGUCAAUCCGAGUAACCCUUACCCGGUUCCAAAGGAUGUUGGUACCUUGAUUCGGAGUUCAGUCAUGCCUCAGGACCAUCUAAAUUAUACGUUGACAUGGUAUUCCCUGUCUGCAGCAGUUACAUUCAUGGCUUUCAAGAGACUAAGACCCAAAAAGAGCCGGAGAUAGCAGCAGAGACUUCAUCAUAAGAGAUUUCAGUUCUACUGAAUUCUCUCUAUUGUAUGAAAGAAUAUGGUCUCCGAAAAUAUUGAGUUGUCAAAUUAAUUUUGCGUGUACUGUCAUCGAAAUCAUCAGCAACAAGCCUUAUUUUUUGAUUGGCAACUGGAAAUAUUUCCAGGUUGGAUUGCCAGAUUAGGCUUUGCUGAUUUGAAGUUGAAUGUUGGCAGCCAACAAGGAAAAUAAUAUUUUCAACAUCUGAGGACCCCUAACGCCUGUAGGAGACUUUCUAUGUCGUUCGUGAUGUAGAACAACGAAAAUGUCUCCUUUAACACAAUUUUUGUAAU